UAUUCCACGUCCUUAUGUCACUCUCACGUUCCUGUUUGUUGCACUACAGAAAGGAAGACAACUGAAUGCUGAGUGAAGCUUCUGAGUAAUGGGUUUCAGUAUUUCAGAGGGGGUUCAAGAGGAGAAGUUAGCUGUCCAGUGUUUCCCAAGAAACUAAUAUUUUGGGGUUGGUGAUUAAGCAAGGAAAGAAGUAAAGAAAAACACUGUUAAGCAUACAGGAGUCAUCUUUGGUCUCUGGGAUUCCAUAUUUCACAUCUUGUAGCAUAAUGACUAAAUUGUCCAAGAUGAUGUUAACUGCCCUUCUAAUCAUGGUGCUAUUUUUUUUAAAUCAAGUCACUCUUGAGAAAGUCACCAGAGAAAAUGAGAGAGAGAAAGCACAUGAGAGAACACAAGCAGGGAGAGCAACAGAGAGAGAGGGAGAAACAGGUUCCCUGCUGAGUAGGGAUCCUAAUGCAGGACUCCAUCCCAGGAUCCCAGGAUCACAGUCUGAGCUGAAGGCAAACACUCAACCUACUGAGUCAUCCAUGUGCUUCAAGGAAAACACCACAAAAUAUCAUAUAAUUAUAGCUAUAUUUGGAAUCAUCAUUUUAAUACUUCUAGGAUUAUUUAUUUAUAAAUAUUAUUGCAAGAAAAAUGACAAUAAGAAUGAAGACCAUCUGGAAGAAAAUGGAUUUCAACAGGAAAUUGCUAGGAGGAAAGCUCAAUACAAGGCUGCCUGGAGGAAGGCACAAUUAUAUCCUGAUUGGAGGAAAGAAGAGUUCCAGGCUGUAAAUGUGACCCUGGAUGAAGACACUGCCCAUCCUUCCCUUCUCCUGUCUGAAAACAGGAGACAAGUGACCUGGCAAGAAAGUCAUCAAGAUCUAUCCAGCUCCACCCAGAGAUUUGACUCCCUUCCCUGUGUGUUGGGUCAGCAGCACAUCAGCUCUGGGAGAUCCUUCUGGGAGGUUAAGGUUAAGGAUGCACCUUCUUGGGACCUGGGAAUUUGUCUCAAUAAUGUAACAAGGAAGGGGAUGGUCACUUUGUCUCCACAGCAUGGUUUCUGGGCCAUCAGAUUCUAUAAUAGAGAGUACUGGGCCCUCACCUCCCCAGAAACCUGUCUCACUGUAAGAGAAAUACCCCAUUGUGUGGGGAUAUUCCUAGAUUAUGAAGAUGGAGAUGUAUCUUUCUACAAUAUGACAGAUGGAUCCCACAUUUUCUCUUUUACUAAGAACACAUUUAGUGGUGCCCUAAGACCACUUCUCAGGCUUUGGUCCUCUGCUCCAGGCACCCUAACCAUCUGUCCAAUGGGAGAAGAGAAUGGUGGUGCAAUUAACAUAACUGAACAGGAGAAAUGAUUAUUUGGGGCCUCAAUGAUUAUUAUAAUUCUCCCCUAAGGAGAUGCAAAUGAUUUUUUUCUUCUUCUUACAAGUCAUUCUUAAGAUGAUGCUCUGAGACAAAAACUGAUAAUUGUUCCUCAUACCAGUUCUCUCUUCUUCCUUAAUUAUAAUGUUUUCAUAGUAUUACCCUGUCCUGUGACAAACUCAUAUAAACAUUAGAUUUCUUAGCUUCCCCUGUUGCAUGUAACUAGUUGAUGGCCAGUGUGUUAUAAACUGAAUUAUUCUGUGUGAUUUCUGGAAUGUGUCCUAAAAGAGAAAUUGUAUCCUUCAUUUUUUUUUUCUUUACAUUUUCUGCUGGCCAAAUGUGUCAUGGAGAAUGGAACUGAAAGAACAUCUCUGACUAUGAAAUACAAUAUGCAUGGCAAAGAAAUUACAGUAGACUUGGGUUUUGGGGGCAACUUUAUGGAACUACUCUAUUAUGUAACUUUAGAAUUCUUUUCUGUGAGAAAUAAACUUUUAUCUUUAAGCCA